AUGGACUCAAACAUCUCUGGUCGUAUCGAGUCAGGCCCUUUUUCAGUCUAUGUGCUCAUGACGCCUGAGCUCACACUUGUGUUAGUUGGUGAAACAAAUUCCAUUGAGAUUGGAUCAAAAAACAUCUUCUUUGACCAUGACGAGCAAACAAAUGUUGAACAGUUUUCAUCCAAACUGUAUGAUUUGUGUGGUCGGCACAUAUCUGUCAUUAACAUGCUUGGUCUUCAAAGCAUUGACAAAGUCCCAUUAAACAGAGGAAUCCAUGUCUUUCUCUUACUGUUACCAAAUGGUCUGCAUAGCAGCCAGUACAGUUCAGGAGUGCAGUGGUUAGCAAAAGCUUUUGGGAAAGAAUCACUUACUUAUUUAAUGACAGUAGUGACUCAUAAGUCAGAUGAAUCAUGUGAAAGUGCAGUGACAGACCUGAAAGCCAACAGCAGUUUCACUGAAAAAAGAUACCACACAUGUAAAAACAGUAUGAUGGAUGAAAAUGAGAUAAUAGCUCUGUUGGAAAAAAUAGAUGUGAUGGUCUCUGAAAAUGAUCCACACUGCUACAGUGGACUGAUGUGUGAUGACACUAAAGAGCAGAAAGACCUGCUGGACCACAAAUACCAGGAAGAAGAAAGGAUCGCUCUCGAGGAUUCCUCUGAGUCUCAGCAAUAUCAAACAGGUGAGAUUUUAAUGUUGCAGUCAGUGAACAUUUUUGAAGAGAUCAACAGGAAGAAGAAACAUCUAACAGAAAUUGAAACACUGCUCAGCAGACUUCAUCUUCAAGACAAAUAUAAACAAAAGUUGACACCCGCUGAAUUUCUUAAAAUAGGUCCACCUGUAAAACUGCAACAUGACACAUCUGAGAAAGAUCUGGCUCACACUUUUCUUCAGAGGUUGAUUAUGUUAGACUACAGAGCCAGAUACAUUCCUGUAAAACAAGACAGUCCUGAGAUCAGGAACUCAAAGUGUGCAAAAGUGGUUAAUGCUGUUGACACAGAAGACAAUGACUUAGACGCUUUUUUGAGUACCAGUGUAGACUCUAAUCAACCAAAACAGUCUCAUGUUCAUCCAAUGGAUGUUCAAAUGGCAGUAUAUCACUGCUCAGACAGCUUUCUGAAGCAGAACAUGAUCACAAAGCUAUCACAGUGUCAGUACGCCUUACCUUUGCUUGUUCCUGACCCAGUCACAUUGGAUAUUGAGUGUCCUCUGUGGACAUUCAGACAAAUAAUGAAAAGCUGGAAGAUAACACAAACCAAAGAUAAUUCAAACAUUGUCACCAUGAAGAGUAUGCCCAUUUACAGAGCUGAGACGCCCAUGGUGUCAUUUUUCCGUCUUGGUUCACUGUCACUGUCUAAAUCUCAGCUGAUGAACACUUUGAUCAACGACUAUCACAGCACCUUCUUCCACAGAAACUGUCCAGGAAGCACCAAAUCUCGCCAUUUGAUGGACGGUGUGGCAGAGAUUGCCUGGUACUGCCCCGCUGGAAAACCCAAUGAUGCCUUCACUGACUGCAUUGCCUUCUGUAAUCUUCAUGGUGAUGCUCUGAUGAUUGAAAAACAGCGUGAAAUACUGAUGGAAAAGUCUUCAGUCAAUGUUGUUCUGGUACCAACUCUGGAGAGAGGUGACAAAAGUUGGACAGUUAUCUCAGCCCUUCUCAACUCUCCUAAACCUUUCAUUUGUCUCAUUGUUGAUAAUGAUUGUGGUGCAGCUGAAAUGAAAGAGGGAAAAUACAAAAUGGGUCUGAAAGACAAAAGCCAGUCAGAUGUUUGUGAAGAACUGAAAGGAAUCAUUGGAAAAAUCUUGUCUGGACCACAUACAUCCUUCCAGCUAGAAACCAUGGCUGAGGUCUCUGGAAUCAGAGUGGAUGAAGAUGACACAGUCUGCCGAAAAGGAAAAACUGCUGCUAUGAAAAUAGUGGAUUUACUUAAAGGGAUGGAUGUUUCAAAGAUCAAAGAUAAAUAUCUCCCUUGUCAAGGCCGACUGUGGCAUGACUGGUGCAAAAUAAACAAGGAACAGUAUCACCUCAAAGGGAACAUUGAGAAGGAGAAAUGUAAAAAGCAACAAGAAAUGAAGAAAAUACGUCAAGAACAAUGUUCUGCUUCCUGUAGUGAACUGAUGCAGUUGUUCAUUGAAAGUCUCUCGUCUCUGCCAUCACAAGAAAAAGAGUAUUUCUUGAAAUGGAUUCAGAUCUUACUAGAUGCACUCUCCACAGAUGAUCUGUCUUCAAUUCUCCAAAAGUAUGAUGAGAAGUGGUCUGAGGUCUUGACUUUGAAGAAGAAGCAUGACAAAUCUGAUCAGCUAACAAGUAAGCAAACUAAGCUUGAGGAAAUAUCAAAACAACUGCAGUCAGCUACUUUUGGUUCAGAACACAUCUUUAGAGAAAUUGGACAGAUCUAUGAAGCCCAUAAAUCUCUGCAGGAAAAAACAAAGAUGGAAGAGACUGACUGGUCUAAAUACCCUGAGCUGGCUGCAGAGCUGAUGAUAUCAGGACACCCAAUGGAGCUGAUGGAUGGUGAUGCAGGUCAUGUGCCUUUAACAUGGAUCUCUAGUCUUUUAGAUGAAGUCAUCAAGAAACUGGGCAACAAGAGAGUUUUUGUUCUGUCAAUUUUAGGCGUACAAAGCAGUGGAAAAUCCACCAUGUUGAAUGCCAUGUUUGGAUUACAGUUUGCUGUAAGUGCUGGCAGGUGCACCAAGGGUGCCUUCAUGCAGCUGGUCAAAGUGUCAGAGGAGAAAAAGAAAGACUUUCAGUUUGACUAUGUUCUAGUGGUGGACACCGAAGGACUGCGUGCUCUUGAGCUGGCAGGUAACGCCACUCUUCAACACGACAAUGAACUGGCAACAUUUGUCGUUGGUCUGGGAAACAUGACAUUGAUCAACAUCUUUGGAGAGAAUCCAGCUGAGAUGCAAGAUGUCCUGCAGAUUGUUGUUCAGGCUUUCAUGAGGAUGAAGAAAGUUAAACUUUCUCCAAGUUGUGUGUUUGUUCACCAGAAUGUUACAGAUAUUGGAGCUGCAGAGAAAAACAUGGAAGGAAAGAGACGACUGCAAGAAAAACUGGACCAGGUGGUUAAACUAGCUGCCAAAGAGGAGGUUUGUGAUGCUGAAUGCUUCAAUGAUGUCAUUAAAUUUGAUGUCCAGAAAGAUGUGAAAUACUUUUCCCAACUGUGGGAGGGAAGUCCACCCAUGGCUCCUCCAAAUCCAGGUUAUAGUGAGAGUGUCCAGGAUUUAAAGAACAGCAUCCUCUCUAAAGCUUCACAGUCUACUGGGACGACUCUCUCACAGUUCAAAAGCAAAAUAAAGGACCUGUGGGAUGCCCUUCUGAAUGAAAACUUUGUUUUCAGCUUCAAAAACACACAUGAAAUUGCAGUGUACAGAAAACUUGAGGUCCAGUAUGGGAACUGGACCUGGACCCUGAGGAGCCACAUGUUGACCAUUGAGAACCAGCUUCAUACCAGGAUUGAAAAUGGAAAACUUGACAAUGUGGAGCUCGGCUAUCUUUUUAAAGAAAUGAGCAAAACAUAUGAAGAAAUCAAAAAAGAGAUGACUACGUUCUUUGAUGAUGACAGAGACAAAGAAAUGUUGGUUCAGUGGCGAAGUCGAUUUGAAAGUAAAAUCAAAGAGUUUCAUGAUGAACAGGUGAGAGGAGUUAAAAUAAAACUGGAUGAGGUCAUCCAGCAGAAGAAGGCUUGUAAAAAGAUGGAUGACAUAAAGACAGAGUUUGAGAACAAGCUGCUACAAAAGAGCAAAGAGCUUGCUCAUCAGUUAAAAGACAAGGCCAAAGAUGAAGAGGAACUCCAAAAGCAGUUCAACAAUGUUUGGAGUGUCUGGGUUAAUGAAUUAACUAGAGACAUAAAACCUAUUAAGGACAUCAACCUGGAAGAAGAACUGUUUACUAUCCUGCAAGACCUUGGUAUUGAAUGGGCUCUAAUACAUGAUUCCAAAACCAGCGGCAGAUACAAAAAUAUAUCAAGGAGUCAGAAUUAUUAUGAGUAUGUGAUGCUAAAGAAGAACCAAGUGAACAGAGUGACUGGAAUUGUUUCAAGUACAACACAAACAUGGCUAAAUUACUUUAGGCCUUCUCUUCCACAUGAAGAACAAGAUCUGAUCAGAUCCUUCAUUGACGAUGUUGAACAACAGUCUGUUGACACAAUUAAGAGCAAACCUGCAGCUACAAGAGGCUACAGUCCAACUUACUUGCAAGAAGUGGCCAAAAAUGUCAAAGAAAAAGUGACAGACUUUGAAUCAAAGAGGAAAUAUACUUUGAAGAAGGAGUUUACAGUUGAUCUAUUACUGUAUGUGUUUGACAAGGCAGGAAGUUGGAUUUCAGACUCACACAACAAAUUCAAAAUUAGCCAUGAUGCUCUCACUUAUUUAGAAAGCAAGACAAAUGAAAAUUACAACAUUUUCAAAAGUUUCUGCAAAGGAAACUCAUCUGCUGUUGUGCUUGGAGAACUGAUCUGUGAAAAACUGAAGGUUUCUACUGUUAAAGCUGUCUGUAACAAAACUGCUAUUGAUCUCGCUGGAGAGAUAAGGUGCAGUUUCCCAGCAUUCAGUGGGAACAGGUCGAACUUGGAGAAACAUGUGUUGAAGUCAUUGGCAGAGAAAGAAGACUUUGAUAGUUACAUUAAGUACAUCCAACACCCAAGGAGCCAAACAGAGAGUUUCAUAAAAGAGGAAGUAGAGAAAUACAUCUACACAGACGUCAAUAAACAUGUGAGUCAAGCUUUGUUCGAUGCAACAGAGAAAGUCAAAACUCAGAGAGGAAACACAGACAUGUGGCUGAAGGAGUUUUCCAGUUUACUAAAAGAUGUACUGACAUUCGACACUAUUAGUUCGGAAAAUUUCAGUGACAUAAACAAAUUUGACUUUCUUAAAGAAGAGAUAGAGAAGGGACUUACAUCCACCAUUAAAGAGUUGGGCAGCCUCUCAUUGGAUAAGAUGAAGGAAUUCAGGCAGAAGCCAGAUCAAAUCCUCAUUGAUCAGCUGUGUAACUGCUGCUGGGUAAAAUGUCCAUUCUGUGCAGCUGUUUGUACAAACACCUUGGAAGAUCACAGUCCUGAAGAUCACAGUGUGCCUUUUCAUCGACCAACUGCAGUGAGUGGUAGACAGUACAGAAACACAGAUGAGAUGAGCAUUGACUUCUGCACAACAACAGUUGCAAGUGAUGGCAGUUUUUACCCUCAUCAUGAUUCAGACAAGCUUGUUCCCUUUAAACAGUACCGUACUGGUGGCCCAGAAUAUGCUGACUGGAGAAUUACUCCUGAUGAGUCGAAGCUGCCAUACUGGAAAUGGUUUGUAUGUCGAUUUCAAAAGCAGCUGGAAGACCACUAUAAGUUAGAAUUCAAGGGCAGAGGUGAAAUUCCUGAAGAAUGGAAAAGGUACUCUAAAGAAGAAGCUAUUAAAAGUCUGGAUGAAAUGUGUACAACUGAGGUCCAUAGAUGUAAGAGGAGAAACUCACGACAUGGAGAUAUUGAUUUUUGA